AUGGAAUUGAAUGGAGUUGUACAAUCCCUUGAUAACAAGAGCAUCCUUGUCACUGGUUCAACUGGGUUUUUAUCUAAGAAUAAUAAUACUAACCUAGCUAUUGUGUUUGUGGAGAAGUUACUUAGGGUUCAACCAAACAUGAAGCAACUUUUUCUGCUUUUAAGACCCGCUGAUGCAUCUUCCGCUACUCAACGUCUGCAUAAUGAUGUGACAGGAAAAGAAGUAUUUAGAGUGUUAAGGAAAAAACAUGGUCUUGGAUUUGAUUCCUUGAUUUCAGAAAAGGUAACACCUGUUUUCGGCGAUAUCAGUUUAGAGAAUUUGGGAAUUAAAGACUCUGCUUUGAGCAAGAAGAUACAUAAAGAAGUCGAAAUUGUUAUAUAUGUGUACACAGUUGCUAACUUUGCUGCAACUACGAAUCUUGACGAAAGAUACGAUGUGGCGUUGGAUGUGAAUACAAUGGGAGCCAAGCAUGUUUUUGAUUUCGCAGAGAAGUGUGAGAAUCUAGAGAUGAUUCUCCAUGUAUCUACUGCUUACAUACAUACCGGAGAGACACCUGGAGUUAUACUUGAAAAACCUUUUGAUAUAAGUCAAACAAUGAAAGAAACCUCAAAGAUUCUUGACAUUGAUGAAGAGAAGAAGUUGGUGCAAGACAGAUUGAAUGAACUCAGGGCUGCGCAAGUCUCAGAGAAACAAGAAACUGCUGCAAUGAAAGAACUAGGAGCCGAAAGAGCUAAACUGUAUGGAUGGCCAAACACAUAUGCGAUUACGAAAGCAAUGGGAGAGAUGAUUAUUGAUCGGUCGUUGAAAAGAAAUAUUCCAGUUGUUAUCGCAAGGCCUACAAUCGUCAGUUCUACUUACAGAGAACCAUUUCCUGGUUGGAUAGAAGGCGUGAAAACUUUUGACCCCUUUGUGAUAUAUAGUGGAAGAGGGAAGUUGCGGUGUUUGCUUGGCAACCAUGAGUCAUUCUUAGAUAUUAUCCCAGGAGAUAUGGUGGUGAAUGCAGUAAUAGUAGCAAUGAUGAAUCAUAUGAAGAGUAACAAUAAAAGUGUGUCUGGUGACGACGAAGAAGAUGAGAACCAUAAUUAUCGAUAUAUCUACCAUUUGGGUAGUUCUGCCAACCGAGAGAAGAUGAACAUCAUAAAAUUGGUUAAAUAUGCUUAUGAAUAUUUCUGUAAAAAUCCAUUGAUGGAUAAACAUGGAAAUACCGUCAAAAUUGUUAAGCCUGUUUUCUUCCCCACCAUGGCUAGCUUCCGUCAACACGUAAAUGACAAUUAUGUGUUACCUAAGAAGGAAGGAAAAGUAAGCGUUGCAAAGCGAUUGGUGGAAUUCUACGAACAUUAUCUACUGUUUAAGAAAAUGGAAGUAGCUUAUUCAAAUUAGGUCUUCCAAUUUUCUGCUGGAGAGGCAUUCAUAUAUACUUGAAGAGAGAAUGCAACUUAAUUAAUUGGUGCAAGUUUGAAUAAUCCUGGCAGUUUUGACAAUUCGGCUACUGAGGAAUUGAGAAUGUCGAUGAAAGCGAACGGAUCUGAAGAGGCAGAUAUGUUUGAUUUUGACCCUCAACACAUAGAUUGGAAAGAAUACAUGUUAAAUAUUCAUAUACCUGGACUCAUGAAAUACGUUAUUGAAGGUUUUAAUAGCACAAACUAGCUUCUUCACUGAAA